AUGGCUAUCAAGCUGAAAGGAAGGAGAGAGUCAGGGAGAUGGGAUGUUGUCGGGAAAAAGACCCUCCAUAAUGUUUAUAACCCCUCGAGUGUCCGCCAGGUGUUGCUCCGCUCCGCGCGGAUCUACACUCCGGGCCGCGUUUUCCGGCGCGCCGCUGCAGUCAGACACGCAGCCGGCUCGACGCUCCUGUCUUUCUGCUCCCUGAUCGAGCUGCACUUUCAGCAGUACCAAACCAGCGGAAUUUCCUCAAGUUUACCUCAAAACACUCUGUUUUUAACUGAGAGUGCGGAUGUGUCUCUGCUGGAGUUGUCAGCUUUGAGUAAUGGAGUCUCCAGCCGCUGUGGGUUCCGCAUUAAACGCUUCUGUGCUGCAGAUGCACAUCCAGUUGGAGAUGCAGAUGGAGUGCUGAGCGGUGGAGAACGACCGAUCGCUGACAUUUACUUCUUCACAAUCUUCACUCUUCUACUGCGUCUUCAGGAGCCAAAAUGGCUGCUUCACUGUGGAAACGUUUCGCUAGUGCUCGGACUGUUGCUAACUGUGAUAUUUUUACAACCUUCAGAAGGGUUCAGCCGCGCAGCGCUGCCGUUUGGUCUGGUGCGCAGAGAGCUAUCAUGUGAGGGUUAUCCAAUCGACCUGCGCUGCCCGGGAAGUGAUGUCAUCAUGAUCGAAACUGCAAACUACGGACGCACUGACAACAAGAUAUGCGAUGCCGACCCCUUCCAGAUGGACAACAUUAACUGCUACCUCCCGGAUGCCUAUAAAAUCGUGUCUCAAAGGUGUAACAAUCGCACACAGUGUGUCGUCAACACGGGCUCAGACGUCUUUCCAGAUCCGUGUCCUGGCACCUACAAGUAUCUCGAGGUCCAGUAUGAGUGUGUGCCAUACAUUUUUAUUUGCCCCGGGACUCUGAAAGCAGUAGGAGAUCCGACUCUUGAGUUUGAAGCCGAACAGCAGAGUGGAGCUUGGUGCAAAGACCCCCUGCAGGCCGGGGAUAAGAUCUACUUCAUGCCUUGGACUCCAUACCGUACUGACACUCUCAUAGAGUACGCCUCACUGGACGAUCUACGAAGUGGCCGACAAACGACCACCUACAAGCUUCCACAUCGUGUUGACGGAACCGGUUUUGUAGCCUACGACGGCGCCAUCUUUUUCAACAAGGAACGCACUCGAAAUAUAGUCAAGUUUGACUUGAGGACUCGAAUAAAGAGCGGGGAGGCUAUAGUGGCCAGCGCUAAUUAUCACGAUACCUCCCCGUAUCGUUGGGGUGGCAAAACAGACAUCGAUUUAGCAGUCGAUGAACGAGGACUAUGGGUGAUCUACGCCACCGAGCAGAAUAAUGGACGUAUCGUUCUCAGCCAACUCAAUCCAUAUACUCUACGCUUUGAAGCCACGUGGGAAACCGUCUACGAUAAACGCUCCGCCUCCAAUGCCUUCAUGGUGUGCGGUGUACUGCAUGUGGUGCGGUCAACUUACGAGGAGAACGAAAGCGAGGCUAGUAAGAGCCAAAUCGACUAUGUGUACAACACCAAACUGGGGCAAGGGGAGUACGUUAAUAUACUCUUCCCGAACAAGUAUCAGUACAUCGCCGCUGUGGAUUACAACCCGAGGGAUAACCAGCUUUAUGUGUGGAAUAACUUUUACAUUCUUCGAUACAAUCUGGAGUUCGGGCCACCGGAUCCUGACGAAGAGCCGACAGUGUCCGAUGACGCCACCUCCACUCUUCCUCCCAGAAGAUCCACUCCAGCAGUCUUGAAGACCACCCUCAGCAUCAGCUUCACCCAGAGACCAUCUCUGAACUCCAGCAUACCCGCAGACCCACUGACGGAGGAGCAUCCGGAACCUCCAUCCGACCCCACCGCCAGCCUACCGCCUGCCAGCAGACGCUUCUGUGAACCGGCUGAAAAAAGAGGAAUCUCCUGGCCAAAAACACACCGCGGGCUGACGGUGGAGCGGCCCUGUCCUAGAGGAACACGAGGAAUCGCUCUGUUCCUCUGCUUGACCGGUGGCGUCUGGAACUGGAAAGGUCCCGAUCUCAGCAACUGUACGUCACACUGGGUGGCUCAGGUGGCGCAGAAGAUCCGCAGUGGAGAGAACGCAGCGAGUCUGGCCAAUGAACUGGCUCACCACACUCAGGGCUCAGUGUUUGCUGGAGACGUCAGCUCUUCUGUGCGCCUCAUGGAGCAGCUGGUGGAUAUUCUGGACGCUCAACUGCAGGAGCUCAAACCGGACCAGAAGGACUCGCCUGGACGCAGCUUCAACAAGGCCAUCGUGGACACAGUUGACAACCUGCUGAGACCAGAAGCGCUUAAAUCCUGGGAAGACAUGAACUCAACGGAGCAAACUCACGCUGCUACCAUGCUACUGGACACGCUGGAGGAAGGAGCGUUUGUGCUGGCGGACAACCUGAUCGAGCCGGCGGUGGUGCGCAUGCCUGCGGAAAACAUCAUGUUGGAUGUGUACGUGUUGAGCACCGACGGGCAAAUCCAGGACUUCAGGUUUCCACAAACCAGCAAAAGAGGAGCCACCAUUCAGCUGUCUGCCAACAUGGUCAAACUCAACAGCAAAAACGGUGUCGCCAAGCUGGUUUUUGUGCUUUAUAAGCAUUUGGGACAUUUCCUGAGUACAGAAAACGCCACAGUGAGGCUGAUGGGAGAAGGAGGAGUCAGAAACCAUACUCUCACCGUCAACUCACACAUCCUGUCUGCAUCCAUCAACAAAGAGUCCAGCCGCGUGUUCGUGUCCGAGCCUGUUAUAUUCACUCUAGAGCAUCUGGACACGGAGAACUACUUUAACCCAAACUGCUCGUUUUGGAACUAUUCAGAGCGGAGCAUGUCCGGAUACUGGUCCACGCAAGGCUGCAAACUCUUAUCCACAAACAAAACACACACCACCUGUUCCUGCAGUCACCUGACCAACUUCGCAAUCCUGAUGGUGCAUCGAGAUUUACAUGCGGGUGAGGGAAGCGUUCACGAGCUCCUGCUGACGGUCAUCACUCGACUGGGCAUCGCCGUUUCUCUUGUCUGCCUAGCCAUUAGCAUCUUCACCUUCUGCUUCUUCCGAGGCCUUCAGAGUGACCGCAAUACAAUCCACAAAAACCUCUGCAUCAACCUCUUCAUCGCAGAGCUGCUCUUUCUCGUGGGCGUCAACAUGACAGAGCCUCUGAUCGUGUGCUCGGUGAUUGCUGGAGUCCUGCAUUUCUUUUUCCUCGCUGCAUUUUCCUGGAUGUGUUUGGAGGGAGUUCAGCUGUUCCUCAUGCUCGUGGAGGUCUUUGAGAGCGAAUUCUCCAGACGCAAAUACUAUUACGCAUCAGGCUACCUGUUCCCCUGUGUGGUGGUGGGCAUUUCAGCUGCCAUCGACUACAAGAGCUACGGGACCAAAAAAGCCUGUUGGUUGAGGGUCGACAAUCACUUCAUUUGGAGUUUCAUCGGCCCUGUUACCUUCAUCAUUUUGCUCAAUCUCAUCUUUCUGGUGGUGACGAUGUACAAGAUGGUGAAGCACUCAAUGUCUAUGAAACCCGACUCCAGCCGACUGGAGAGCAUACGCUCCUGGGUGUUUGGUGCUUUUGCAUUGCUGUGUCUGGUUUGUCUGACGUGGUCUUUCGGCCUGCUGUUCCUGAACGACGACUCAUUGAUUAUGGCGUAUCUCUUCACCAUCUUCAACACGUUACAAGGGAUGUUCAUCUUCAUUUUCCACUGUCUCCUGCAGAAGAAGGUGCGUAAAGAGUACAGUAAGUGUUUCCGUCAGUCUCAGUGCUGCAGAACUCUUCCAUCUGAAGGAUCUCACAGCGUCAACAAAUCCUCCGCCUCCAGAUCCACUGCUCGAUACUCAUCUGCCACACAGAGUCGCAUCAGGAGGAUGUGGAACGACACUGUGAGGAAACAGUCCGAGUCUUCCUUCAUAUCCGGCGACAUCAACAGCACUUCCACACUUAACCAAGGAAUGACGGGCAACUAUCUGCUAACUAACCCUCUUCUCAGGCCUCACGACACUAACAACCGCUAUAACAACCUUCUGGCUGAAACCAUCGUGUGCAGCACUCCUUCUCCUCCUGCUUUCCACUCUCCAGGUCAGCGGUCGCUUAGCAACAGUCGUGAUGUCAGCACAAUGGACACACUCCCUCUGAACGACAAUUUCAACAACAGCUACUCUCUGCGGGAGGACGAUUACGAGGACCCGGCCAUCGCCUGCCCGACCGGAUGCGAAUUACGGCUGGAUGACGCUGCAUUUGAAAAAAUGAUCAUCUCCGAGCUGGUUCACAACAAUUUAAGGCCUCGCAGAAACCAAAGCGGCUCCAAAUGCCAGGCGGAAAUAGAUUCGAGUCUUCAGGAAAACUGCGCAGACAUCGACGAAGGUGUCGGGAACAGAAACCAGAGCGAAAACGCUGAAACCGACACCUCCGCUAUGCCCUUGUCCUCCUGCCAUCCAGCAAUGGAGCUUUUACUUCUUAACCCCAACCACCGGGAGGCCCUUGAGCUCCCGCUUUUACCCCAACGAACUCACUCCCUCAUUUACGCCUCCCAAAAAGUCAUCAGGCCACACAAAAUCAGCAGAGACACUCAAGAAGAUGAGGGAGAAGUCAAAAAAGAGGAUGAUUCGUCACAUAACAGGGACUCCUUGUACACAAGCAUGCCCAAUCUGAAAGACUCGGAAUCCCCAGAUCUCGUCAUUGGAGAGGAUGAUAAUUCCCCGUGCUCGUCCGCUCAAAGUGAAACCCAGGAACAAUGCUAUAAGAGUUUACCAGAUCUCGGAGACGGGACUCCAGCGAUGUCCUACUAUCAGAUUAGCGCUAGCCUGUCACUAGAGGCUGAAUCUGCCAAUGACGGACAAAUGCAGCUUAUCACCAGCCUCUGAAGCCAAGAAUGUUCAUUUUGCAUCUCAUAUUCGGCCACAGACGAGGGGACUAGUCAAAGGCACAAUUACUUUUUUUCUCUCUCUCUCUCUCUCUCUCUCUUCUUGAUUUUAUUGUUUUUGUUUUGGUUUUUAAAUAGUAAUGGAAUUGAUUUUCUGCUCAAACUCUUCGAUCGAAGUGAAGCAGAAAGUGUUUGGCGUCAUCUACAUCUGCCAAAAGCUUUGUACAGUAUACUGUUUUAAAAAAAGAAGAUAAGAGACAUCCGAUGUCUGACUUUUGUAGAACUUUGAACUAAAAAAACACACACACAAUCUCCCAAAACAAGUUUGCAGGUGAUUCUGCAAAAACAGAAUGAGCGAUUGAUCUGAGAAAGACUGUGAUGACAAGAAAAUGUAAAAGAUAUCCCAGACUCAGGCCUUAUAUUUUCUCUAUUGCACAAAGAGCUGUUGUACGAGUGACAACUAAAGAGCAUAUAUUUUGCAGUACUCUAGGUGUAAAGAAAGCCCAUAGUCACCACAUGAUGUGCUCAGUUACGGAUUUUACCAGGAACAAAAUGUAUUUUGCCAAUGUGUAUGUACAAUAAAUGAAACGCUUCCUUAUUUUUUUAGCUUCACGGAAGCUGCGUCUUGCACAGAUUUGCAGUGAAUUGGACUAACAUGUUAAAAUAAAAGAAAGAAAUGCUUUUGAAUUUGUCAGGGAUCACGUCAACACGUCAUAUCUCAGUAUUUGGCACUAGAUAAUUUAUUGUAUGAAGUAUGAAGGGUUUGGAGCUCGAGUGGGUGUGAACAGGAACACUGUUGAUAUUCAUUUCAGUCUUUUCUAAGAGCCCACUGUGGUUGCAGAUGUACAUUCAACUCUUGUUUGAUAUCAAAUAAAUGUGACAAAUUUUUUA